AUGUUUGCUUAUCUUAAGUUCCUGACUGUCGGCCCGACAAGAAGCGUAGCCUCUGCCAGACACUUCCGUGAACGCAUAAAACAUAAGAAGUUAGAGCCAGACGAAUCCAUGGUAUCCUCCAUCUCACAGCAACUGGCAAUUGAUGCUGUGAUACAAUUUUUAACUGAACACUACGGCGAGAGGGACAAGCCCCUGAAUACUGAACAGCUACUCAAACUUAUGCGGUACUGCUUUAAAACCUACUUCAUAUUUGGAGGACAAAUGUAUGAACAAAUUAAAGGCACCCCAAUCGCCCCCCCCCUAUCAGACCUGAUUGCUGAAGUCGUCCUUCAACGGAUUGAACACUUGGUCUUCAGGAAGUAUUAA